AUUUGAAGUGUGUGUUUUAUAUUAGUUCAACAAGUUUUGCCAGGAUAUGAGAAGGACAAGAAAUUGAAUAUCCUUAGAUGUAUUGUGUGGAUUUUCUGACAACUUUUCUUACUUGGGAAGCCUGUGUGCUGUAGAUUUAACCUAGGUUGAUUGAUUGCUGAUUACGGGACCUUUGUAGAUUUAACCUAGGCUGAUUGAUUGCUGAUUAUGGGACCUUUAUUUCAGGCAUGGUUCAAAUGAUAGAUUUUGAAGAUAACUUGGUUCGAAUUUGCUUCCUUAAUUUGUUCGAACAACUACAAAAUUGACCUUUGGUUCAAUUUAUCCUCCAGUCUUGUAAUUCACUCUCAAUUUGUUCAAAUUCUCGCUCAAUUUAUCCAAAUUCUUGCUUAAAUUUAGGCUUUUUGGGUAAAUUGCACCUGAAUUACAAGUCCAGGGGUAAUUGCAACUGAUGUGAUUUUAGUGCCAAAUGAUUUUAGAUUCAUUGAUAAGUUUUUCAUUUUGAUAGAUUUCCUUCUUUCUUUUCUUACAAACCCUCCCCUGCUUCUACCUGCAGAAUUUAAACCCAUAGGCAUUAGAAUGAAAGCUUUCAAUUUUCUACUGAUGAGAUAAAAUAACCAAGCACAAAGUUUGGCUGGUUCAAACGUUGACAGGAAGCACUUAUCCUCAGUGAGUAGAGUGUAUUGAUGUAUUCGUUUAAGCCUUAAUCUAUCCCGCUCAACUAGGUGAACGUGCCUAUCAUCUACAACUACUACCUUCUCGAAUUGAGCUAUUAAAAGAGAAACUUGUUUUGAAAUCAAAUGGCGACUUUUCCUGCCAACGAUAGAUUUUCGCACGAUCGUCGUUUUGUUCACAGCCGGAUAAAACUACAAAAUAGGCGCACAUGUCAUCUUAAUUAAGCAAACCACACCUUGUUUUUAGAGCCUGUCGACAUCUAACAUCGUCCAUAUAUGGUCACGACUACUCUGUUAAAUCCGCGCGCUCUCUACCUAUUGCUCCGAUUAUGGUAGUUCUAGACAGGCGAGUUCUGAUCAUCAAAUACAUGCUGCAUUUCCAUGGCAUCAACAGAUUUCUAAUAAAAUCUUUGAUUUCUUCAUCAAGCUAUGACGGUUGGCCUUUUCGCUAUUUCAGCAUUUCCGGAAAAUGCUUUCAUUCCUUCCACCAAUCCACACCCAGAAAAUCCAUUAAACAGUUCACCAAAACUCCAGAAAAAGCUCAAAAUAUAGAGGACCCAAAUAUUUACAUGAGAAAUACAAUUUCAAACAUUUAUAAAAUCUUGAAAUAUUCAUCUUGGGACACUGCAAAAGAGCACUUAUCAAAAUUAGGUAUAAAAUGGGACUCUUUUACAGUCAAUCAAGUACUAAAAACCCAUCCGCCGAUGGAAAAGGCGUGGCUUUUUUUCAACUGGGCUUCUGGACUAAAAGGUUUCAAGCAUGAUCAGUUUACUUAUACAACAAUGCUCGAUAUUUUUGGUGAAGCUGGUAGGAUUGCGUCGAUGAAUUACGUGUUUAAGCAAAUGCAAGAGAAGGGAAUAAAGAUCGAUGCGGCUACUUACACUUCGCUUAUGCACCGGGUUUCGAGUUCUGGAGAUAUUGAUGGGGCGAUAAAGAUUUGGGAAGAAAUGAAGGAGAAUGGGUGUUUCCCUUCUGUUGUUUCGUAUACGGCUUUUAUGAAGGUUUUGUUUGAUAGUAACAGAGUGAAAGAGGCAACUGAUGUUUAUACGGAGAUGCUUGAAUCUGGGAUUUCUCCGAAUUGCUAUACCUAUACUGUCCUAAUGGAAUAUCUUAUUGUAGCUGGUAAGUAUCAAGAAGCCCUUGAGAUUUUCAGGAAAAUGCAAGAAGCAGGGGUACAACCUGAUAAAGCUUUAUGCAAUAUUUUGGUUGAGAAAUGUUGCAAAGCGGGGGAAACAAACACAAUGACCCAAAUCCUUCAGUAUAUGAAAAGUAAUUGUCUUGCUCUUCGUUACCCUAUCUUUUUGGAGGCACUCAGAACUCUAAGAAUUGCUGGUGGGAGUGAUGCUCUCCUCAGACAAGUUAAUCCUCAUUGUUCUACUGAAUCUAUCAAGAAUUGUGAUGCUCCUGAGUUUCUUGCAAGUGCUGCUGAAGAUCCUUUAGAACAAGGACUUCUACUGAUUCUCUUGAAAAAACAAAAUCUUGUGGCAGUUGACCAUUUAAUUGCUGGGAUAAUGGACAAGAAUAUACUUUUGGAUUCUUGGGUUGUCUCGACCAUUAUUGAGGUAAACUCUACUCAAUGUAGACCUGAUAGUGCUUUAUUGGCCUUCGAAUACAGCACGAGGAUGGGCAUAGACCUAGAUAGAACAGUAUAUCUUUCCUUGAUUGGCAUUUUAAUAAGAUCAAACACAUUUCCGAGGGUUGUGGAGGUUGUCAAGGAAAUGAUUAGGGCUGGGCAUUCUCUUGGAUUGUAUCUAAGCGCUCUCUUAAUUUACAGGCUUGGUUCUGCUAGAAGACCUACAUUUGCUGCAAAGAUUUUUAAUUUAUUGCCUGUUGAACAGAAGUGCACUGCUACUUUUACCGCUAUGAUUAGUGUGUACUUCUCUGCUGGUAGUGCAGAUAAAGCACUGAAAAUCUACAAAACCAUGCAAAAGAAAGGAAUUAAUCCUUCUCUAGGUACAUACGACAUUUUAUUAGCUGGUCUUGAAAGAAGUGGUAGAAUUUGUGAAAUAGAUACUUAUAGAAAGGAAAAGAAGAGCCUGACGGCCAAUGGUUACUACUGGGAUAGCAUCCCUAUGGAGGAAAAGAUCUGUGACCUUCUUUUUGCUAGGGGUUUGGUAUCUUGACUAUCUGUUUUUGGAGAACAGGCAUUCCUUGAUGAUGAAAGUAUCAAGAAAGAUUAUGUCAAUUUAAAGAUGGGUGCAUUAACAUAUGAGGAUUCUUUGGUAAGUUGAGAGAGUUUGAAUGCGCACAGAGAAUUGCCAAGGAUUACCUGCAUUAAUGUGGAUUUCGACUUUGGAGAUGCUCACUCUGGAAACCCACGAUGAAUAUUGUCUUUGUCAACCGUAGGGCAUUUUGACUGACAGAACAUGUUAUGGUUUUCUCCAAGUUCAUUUUUGACACGACAUUAUUGUGGAGUUUAAGUCAAGAUCCCACCCUAUUCUACCACUUGAUAAAUUUCAGUUCUGUGAUAAACACAAUCAUGCAAUAUCUUUCUGCUCCAACAUUCCUUAGGCUCUGCACAUUUUGAGUUCAGAACCAAAGUAUAUCCCCCUAGGAAUCAUCAUCUACAACAAUGAGCAUACUUAGAAUCAGUUUGGUGCACCUCUAUGAUGCUGAAUCUUAAAUUUGUGAAGAUACAUUAUGAUUUUUAAAAUGAAUUAUGUAAAUUGUUGAUGGAAUCUGUUUUUUCCAUUUUGGCACAGUUUUCCUAGCUAGGGAUUGUCCUGCAGAUGAUUUAUUCAGGUAUUUAUGUGGAUAUAUAUAUAUCCAUGCUAAUGGUAUACAUUUAUUGCAUUUGCAUGGCAAUCCAAGACUAAGGACAAGUUUUGGGGCAGAAGCCAAGAAGGUGGAUCUAUGUCUUUUGUUGUGGGCACAAUAUAUCUUGAGGGAUAGUUUUUAUCUUGUUGAAUUAUUUAUAAAUUUAUAGUGUUUCUUGCUUAAGAAGCAGAAUUGGGAUUCAAGGACAAGAUCAAUACUUGAUUGGUCUUGCCUAAUUAGCAAUUCCUUACUGUUCUAUGUGGUAAAUAAAAAUUCUGAUAAUCAUCU